UCGAAGCCUUCGCCUCAACGGGUUGCGUUCUCCAGUCUCCGCCUCCGCUGCGUCAAAACAUCAAACGGCUUGCGCGCGCGACGCACCGGUUCAGUGAUCAACCGCAAGCGCCGCCGCCGCCGCCCGAAUGUCCAUCGCUGCCGGCGUCGCCCUCGCCGUGGCCGACGCCGUGUGGGCUCAGAUCAAGGCCGGGGGACACGCCACGGACGAGCACCUGUCCAUCCUCGACCACCUGUUCGGCAAGAACAUGCUGCGCGCCUGCAAGAUCCUCGACGAGGGCGGUGUCCGCCGCGUCACCGGCGCGCCCAGCGGCCGCUCGCUCUUCCUGGUGAUGGGGGAGUCCAAGAGGAAGGAGGAGUACAUCUGCUUCCCGGAGCACCUCUGCACCUGCUACUCCUUCUUCUAUGACAUCGUCGGCCGUGGUGAGCAGCUCUGCUGUAAGCACCAGUUGGCAGCGCGGCUCGCAGAAGCUGUCGGCAAACACCAGGAGAUGGAGGUGACUGAUGAGGAGCUCGCUCACAUGCUUGCUAACCUCUGACUGCUUGAAUAUUUCAGUAAUGCACAAUACAUUUAUGAAUGACUGUCCUUUUGGGGGUUGUCUCACCUGUGUCAUUCUAAAAGACUGAAUUUAGCUUAAUGAAGUGUUAUGAUCAUCUAGGUAAGGUCUUCCUGAGUGCUAUAUAGGCUUGGGAAUCCUUUCGCUGCAAUGUUAUGCCACAUGGAUUGUGUAUAUAGAGAUAGGAAAAGGGUGUCCAAGAAACUGUGGUGAAAUCUGCAGGGUUAGAAUAUUAUCACCUUGUUUCUCUUUUUGAGAAACCAGCAUCACCUUCUUUUUCAUUGUAUCAAAUUACAAGAACGAGACCGUGAAAUCAUUGAGUUAUGUGAACCGAUCAAUGAAUUGAGAUGAAUAGUUUUUCUUUCA